GUACCGGCAGCCACGUCGCCCCGGGGGGGGGGGGGGCGAUAGUCACGCGUGGGGUCUUCCUUCACACCGGAUUGUGCCUUACCGGCGCGUUCUAUGGGAAACCGGAGAUCCCGGUGGGUCCCCAGAACGGCUGCGAAAGCUCCGGUUGCGGUGCCGCCAUCCAGCCGGGAUCUCCGGUGGGUGCUCGGUGUCAUCCCACCCCGCCUUGGCGAACGGUUCGGUAGCGUUCCCGGUUGUACGGGGCACCGGGUAGCACCAAGAUGAGUAUCCCGGUGGCACCGGGUGGCACCGGGUGAAGGGUCUGAACGGGCCUGAUGACUCGGUAGCACCCACCGAGCACCGGUAACACCCGCCAAACACCGCCAGCACCCACCAAGGCACCGCAAACGCCAACCGAACGCCGGUAGCACCCACCGAGCACCGGUGGACUCUGCCCUGCGUGCACCCAGCCCCGCCGUCCGUGUCCCGUCCCCCCCCCCCCACCAACCGGCCGCCCCACCGGCUGUUUGCCCGGGGUGGGGUGCGGUAUUUACCCUCCCGCCGUGGCCCGCGCCACCGUCUUGCGCCGUGGCCGCCCUUGACCUGUGUCUGCUUUCGCCUGGCGAGUGGACGCGGUGCCAGCUUUCGCUGUAGGGUAAAGAUGAUGACCAGCCCAGAAGACGACCUCAUCGGCAUCCCCUUCCCCGAGCACAGCAGCGAGCUUUUGAGCUGCCUCAAUGAGCAACGCCAGCUCGGGCUGCUCUGCGACGUCACCAUCAAGACACAAGGAUUGGAAUAUCGUACCCACCGCGCCGUCUUGGCCGCCUCCAGCCGCUAUUUCAAGAAGCUUUUUGCCGGACCGGGACCGGGACAAGAGGUUUGCGAGUUGGACUUUGUGGGACCGGAGGCUUUAGGAGCGUUGUUGGAAUUUGCCUACACGGCGACGCUCACCAUCAGCAGCGCCAACAUGGGCGAGGUGCUGCGCGCCGCCCGCCUGCUGGAGAUCCCUUGCGUGAUCGCUGCCUGCGUGGAGAUCCUGCAGGGCAGCGGCUUGGAGGCACCUUGCCCGGAUGACGGCGACUGCGAGCGCGCCCGACGCUACCUGGAAGCUUUCGCUACCCUUCCUGAGGGCGAGGAGCCCCCACCACCGCCCCCUCGCCCCGUCGCCCGUCGCAGCAAGAAGACGCGCAAGUUCCUACAAACGUGCGGCUCUCGUCUCAACAACCACGCGGAGGAGACGCCCGCUGAGGCCGAAGGCUGCGGCAGCCCCACGCUGCCCGCCGAGCCGCCCUCGCCACCCCUGCCCGAGGGGUUACCUCUACCCUAUGACAGCUUUGAGCUGCCCGAGGAGGAGGAGCUGCCCCCGCACCCCUUCCCCUUCCCCUACCAACCCCCCCUGUCCCCCGAGGAUGCCGAUGAGGAUGAAGAUGCCAUCGACCCCGACCUGAUGGCGUACCUGAGCUCGCUGCACCAUGAAUCGCUGGCGCCGGGGUUGGAUACGCCUGACAAGUUGGUGCGUAAGCGCCGUUCGCAGAUGCCCCAAGAGUGUCCCGUCUGCCACAAAGUCAUCCACGGUGCCGGUAAAUUGCCCCGGCACAUGCGCACGCACACGGGCGAGAAGCCCUUCGCCUGCCAGGUCUGCGGCGUUCGCUUCACACGGAACGACAAGCUGAAGAUCCACAUGCGGAAGCACACGGGCGAGCGGCCCUACUCGUGCCAGCGCUGCAGCGCCCGCUUCUUGCACAGCUACGACCUGAAGAACCACAUGCACCUGCACACGGGCGCGCGGCCCUACGAGUGCUACCUCUGCCACAAGGCCUUCGCCAAGGACGACCAUCUCCAACGGCACCUCAAGGGCCAGAACUGCCUGGAGGUGCGGACGAGACGACGCCGACGCGACGAACCCCCUCCUCAACCUACCGGACCCCCCGGGCUCGACCUCUCCAACGGGCGACUGGAGGGGCUGCGUCUCUCCAUCGCUCAUUUGUGGGGACCGGGAAGGAUCAAAGAGGAGGAAGAGGAGCCGGAGGUUGAGGAAGGCUCUCAACCACAACCCCACGCGGCCGUGAAGGUGGAGACGGCGUAGGGCGGUUGAUGUGUUGAGUUGUACCGGACCCGCCGGGGUUUCUCUUCCCAUUUUUUUGCCCCCCCCCCGCCCCGUUACGGUUCAUUCCCAGUUAUGCAAAGGGGGGGGGGGAAGAAACUCCCCCCCCUCCCCUUUUAGCUGAUUUGCACAAUGGGGUGGGGGGGGGUCCCCAACUUUUCCCCCUAUGCCACACCCGGGUACCCCCUUCUUGUGGCAGAGCCCC